AGAGGGGCCGGCCCAGCGCAGCGCCCCGGAGCGCGAGGGCUUGAGCGGUGCCGCCCGCCGCUGCGUGUCCGCCGGCCGGACCGCGCGGCCGCUCUGCCGGCGCUCCAGCGCCUUGGCCGCCGCCGCCUCGGAGCUGCGCUGGGGCCGGCCCGGCGGGCCCCGAGGGCCGGGCAUUUUUUUUAAAUCAUCUGUGGAAACUUACCUGUAAUUCAUUUCAUUUUUCCUCACUCCAGUAGUAAGAAUAAUACCAAAUUGAAAAGAUAUGAAUGAGUAUCCUAAAAAAAGAAAAAGGAAGACUUUACACCCUUCUCGUUAUUCAGACUCCUCUGGAAUAAGCAGAAUUGCAGAUGGAUUCAAUGGAAUUUUUUCUGAUCAUUGUUAUAGUGUCUGUUCUAUGAGACAGCCAGACUUAAAAUAUUUUGACAACAAAGAUGAUGAUUCUGAUAUCGAGACAUCAAAUGACUUGCCAAAAUUUCCAGAUGGAAUCAAGGCCAGAAACAGAAAUCAGAACUACCUGGUUCCUAGUCCAGUACUUAGAAUUCUAGACCACACUGCCUUUUCUACAGAAAAAUCUGCUGAUAUUGAAAUUUGUGAUGAAGAGUGUGACUCACCAGAAUCAGUCAACCAACAAACUCAAGAGGAGAGUCCUAUAGAAGUUCACACUGCUGAAGAUGUUCCAAUUGCUGUAGAAGUGCAUGCAAUUUCCGAGGAUUAUGAUAUAGAGACAGAAAACAAUUCCUCUGAGAGUCUUCAAGACCAAACUGAUGAAGAGCCACCAGCUAAACUUUGUAAAAUUCUUGACAAGAGCCAGGCUUUGAAUGUGACUGCUCAGCAGAAAUGGCCUUUACUGAGAGCUAAUAGCAGUGGCCUCUAUAAAUGUGAACUUUGUGAGUUCAACAGCAAAUAUUUUUCUGAUUUAAAGCAGCAUAUGAUCCUGAAGCAUAAACGUACUGAUUCAAAUGUGUGUCGAGUAUGCAAGGAAAGUUUCUCUACCAACAUGCUUCUGAUAGAACAUGCCAAACUACAUGAAGAGGAUCCCUAUAUUUGUAAAUACUGUGAUUAUAAGACAGUAAUUUUUGAGAACCUCAGCCAGCACAUUGCAGACACCCAUUUUAGUGACCACCUCUAUUGGUGUGAGCAGUGUGAUGUGCAGUUCUCUUCAAGCAGUGAACUCUACCUACAUUUCCAGGAGCACAGCUGUGAUGAGCAGUACUUGUGUCAGUUCUGUGAACACGAAACUAAUGAUCCAGAAGACUUGCAUAGCCAUGUGGUAAAUGAGCAUGCAUGUAAAUUAAUAGAGUUAAGUGAUAAGUAUAACAAUGGAGAACAUGGACAGUAUAGCCUCUUAAGCAAAAUUACCUUUGACAAAUGUAAAAACUUCUUUGUAUGUCAAGUAUGUGGUUUUCGGAGUAGACUUCAUACAAAUGUUAAUAGGCAUGUGGCUAUUGAACAUACAAAAAUUUUUCCUCAUGUUUGUGAUGACUGUGGGAAAGGCUUUUCCAGUAUGCUAGAAUAUUGCAAGCAUUUAAAUUCACAUUUAUCUGAAGGGAUUUAUUUAUGUCAAUAUUGUGAAUAUUCAACAGGACAAAUUGAAGAUCUUAAAAUUCAUCUAGAUUUCAAGCAUUCAGCUGACUUACCUCAUAAAUGCAGUGACUGCUUGAUGAGGUUUGGAAAUGAAAGGGAAUUAAUAAGUCACCUUCCAGUCCAUGAGACAACUUGAUUAUUCUUUGUUUUAACUUACAGAGUGUCAAUGUAAAAUAAUAAAUUCAACUUCUUUUGGAUAUGUUAAAAUGGAUGAUUUUAAACACAACUUAUAAAAUUUCCCUUUAGUUUUUUUAAUUGUCCGAUUUUCUUGGCAUUGCUCCAUUUUUCAGUAUAU